AGCUCUAUUGUGCUCAAUGCAACCUAGACAGAAACGUUUAUAUCCUGUCCUUUGGGCACCUUGCUGAAGUGAAGAUCGAUUCACGCCUUUGCUCGUGUUUCUCUUCAGAUGGAAAGCCAACAAUGGCUUCAUAUGCUGCUCAGAGCUGCCCUUGCAGGUUGUCUCCUAUGGCUGCAGGGCUGUCAUAACAAGACCAAAAUGCUGCAGCCACCAGAUGAAGUGCUGGGUUUGCCAGCACCGCAGCCGUCGCUGGUCUUGCCGACGGCACCACCCUUGGGCGCCAUGCCGCCCGCGGUGAUGAUUCCGCCGCCGCCAGUGACACCUGCGACCUUGGGGGUUGCUCCAGUUCCGCCAGGAUCGAAACCUCGUUUGAUUGUCAAGAACAUUUGCCCCAGUCUGGAGAUUUGGAUUGCCUCCUCGGCCAAUGUUGCUGCACCUCGCAACGUGAGGAUACCUCCCAAUGGAGAGUACAAGUAUCAUAUUCCAGCAGGAGGAUUAAGCUCCACCCGAUUUUGGCCAAAGAUUGGGUGUAAUGCAGUGGGUCAAAAGUGUGCCAUGGGAUCUAGUGGGGGUGAUGGCCAAGAUUGCCCCAAAGCAGGAUGUGCGCCUCCAGUAGAUUCAAAAUUCGAGGCAAGCUUUGGUGUCUCCGGUGUCGACUGCCGCAAGGACAACAAGGGCUGCGAUUGGUGGGACACUAGCGCAGUGGAUGGCUACACGCUGCCCUAUCGAGUGCAAGUGAGCAACUGCCCACAGGGUAAGGACAUCGACUGCAGAGGAUUGGGUCUACACCAGUGCCCUGCCAACGAGUGGUUGCAACAAAGCGGCUCUCAGGAUCUUCGGGUCAUCGAUCCUACGACCAAAAAGGUGGUGGGAUGCUAUUCGCCUUGCGGAAAGCUCACGUAUUCGAACUGGUUCAACCCUGUGGGGAAGAAUGCCCCAAACAGUGAGGCCGCGAAAAUGUACUGCUGCCCCACUCCACCCGUUUCAUCCGAAGCAUGCAGGAGAGGGCCCGUUGAGAACACAGCCUAUGUCAAGCUGAUCCAUCAGAACUGUCCUAGUGUCUAUGGAUAUGCCUACGACGAUGCGGUUGGUCUUCAAGUCUGCCCCUCCGGAACAACCUACACAUGGAGCAUUGGGUGCCCAACGGAUCCGCAGGUGUUCCAUAUGUAGUGAGCGGUGACCAGUGAGUAGGUGAGCCAAGCCAGAGUCCCUUCCUCUGGGAUUUCAGGUGUAGCUAUGUGUAGCUUGAAAAGCCAUCUUACCAACUUGCAUAGCAUGGCUAACCAUGACUGUACAGUGCACAUGUUGGGCGCAUUCCGCAAAGACCGAAGCACCCGACAACUUGAAUCCCCUGCAAAGCAAAA